AGCGCAUUUUCCUUUUUCAGAGCAGAUGAGACUGGCUGGCACUGGGUUUUUCUCCGUCUCUCGAUGCCUCGCGUUUUUGUUCAGUCAUUUAUGUUCUGGCUUUCGGUUUAUUUGGACGUAGAAGAUUUUGAAUUCAUUUCGCGCUGAUAUUCUACUCGUUUGCUGUGCUUGCGCCAUUCUCUGUCGUUCUAUAUACACACACUCCCAUACAUGUGCAUAUGUAAAUAAUAAGAAAACAAACUUACAGUUUAAAUAAUCAAAGGGUCGGCUAUCGGUCGUGUAUAUACAUUUGUAGUUUCUGCAACAUCCCUUCCUCCAAAAGUGAACAAUAUAUGUAUAAAUAAAAGUGCCUAAUGUUGAAGAAAACGUGAACACUAUGGCGGGUAUAUUUCGCUCUACGUCUCUGAAUAACUCAAAUGAAUCGCAGGGUUCGCCAUUUAAGCGGUUCUCAUUGAACUCGGGCAACAAUCAAUUCUGCACCAGUCCCGGAGUCUUGCAAGAUGUGACCAUGGAUAACUCAUAUGCCAGUUUCGAUGCGGGCCGUCUGCAAGGCGAAAGCCACUCGCCUUUGGCCAUGCCGGGCCGUUCUAUGCGCAACGUGGAGGAGCAGAUGUCGACGCUGCGAAAGGAGAACUUCAAUCUCAAGCUGCGCCUCUACUUCAUGGAGGAGAGCCAGCUGGGGCACCAGCGGACAAACAAUUCGGGCGAGUCUCUGUCGAAGCAGUUGAUCGACACAAAGAUAGAGGUCGAAGUGCUGCGCAAAACGGUCGAGGAGAAGACGGAGCUGCUGAAGGACGCCGCUCGGGCCAUAUCCAUGCACGAGGAGAUGCAGCGCAAGGCGGAAACCGAAAGCAAUGCGUUGAUCGAUGAGCUGCAGCAGCAUCUGCGCCACUACGAGGAAACUGGAGCUGCCUUUGAAGGAGAGUCCAGAGAAGCACUGGAUGAAAAGCUCAAACACUUGGAGUCUGAGGUCCAGAGGUCGAGGCAGGAACUUGUCGAGGCCGGCAUACGGCAGAUAGCCUGCCAGGACCAGCUGAAGUCGGCACAGGCCGAGCACCAGGAGACGCUGUCCUCCUGCGAGGCCAAGAUCCAGGAGCUGGCUAUCAAGAACGCCGAGCUGGUGGAGCAAAUCGAGAAGGCGCGGCAGUGCAGCGACGAGGCAAAUGCUAAGCAGGAGAUGGACGCCCAACUGGCGGACAAUAUGUGCGAACUGCAGGAUGCGCAGGAGAAGCUAAAGGAGCGAGAACGCAUCCACGAGCAGGCAUGCCGCACCAUACAGAAGCUAAUGCAGAAGUUGAGCAGCCAGGACAAGGAGAUCAAAAGACUCAACCAGCAGCAGCAGCCGCAGGAGCAGCACUCGGUUAAGAAAGAAAACGAGAACAGCAAUGCCAACAUAUCGCCAUCGGCAACGGGCCGUUCGCUGAGUGACAAUGAGGCGUGCUUUUUGGAAAUAUCCUCGGGACUUAAGGAACAAUACGAGUAUAAGAUGGCCGAGCAGGAGCUAAAGAUCCAGCAGCUUCAGGCGGAGGUUAAAAAGAAGACGGCCAAUCUGCAGAACCUGGUCAACAAGGAGCUGUGGGAGAAGAACCGCGAGGUGGAGCGCCUGACCAAGUUGGUGGCCACCAGCCAGCAGCCGCAGUCGCUGCCUCAGAUAAACGAAGAGUCAAUUGGCUCAGCAGCCGUCGAUUUGCAGCAGUCCUUCACCGAGCUGGAGUACACCAAAGCCCUGGAACGCAACAAGCUGCUGCAGCGCAAGGUGGACGUGCUCAUCCACCGCCUGGGAGAGGAUCACCAGAACAGUGCGGUGAUUGGACAGCUGCGGCAGGAACUGCGCCAGGUACAGGCGGACGCUGAGAGCGCGAAUAAGUGGCGACUGGAGUGCGCCGAUGUUUGUGGUGUGCUGACCAACCGGCUGGAAGAGCUGGCCGGGUUCCUUAACUCGUUGCUGAAGCACAAGGAUGUGCUCGGUGCACUGGCCGCUGAUAGGCGGCACGCCAUGCGUCGAGCUGUGGACCGUAGCCUGGACCUGUCCAAGAGCCUGAACAUGACGCUGAAUAUCACUGGCGCCUCGCUGGCCGAUCAGAGUCUUGCGCAGCUGUGCAAUCUCUCUGAUAUGCUGUAUAACGACGCAGAUGCCGAGGCGGAGGCCGAUGCCAGCCACAAGACGUACAACUCGCAUGAAGAGGUACGCACCGCUGGCGCCGCCUCCAUCAAUCCAACGAUUGAGCACCUAAAGGCCGAGAACAAGGCGCUGAAGCGGGAGUUGGAGAAGCGCCGCACCUCCGACGGGCAGCAGCUGCGCAAGGAACGCCGUUCCCUGCCCCUGCCCACCCAGCAGCCAGACAACCAAAGCGAAUCGGAAGCCUGGUCCGAGCCGGACCGUAAGGUGUCCCUGGCCCGUAUUGGACUGGAAGAGACCUCACAUAGCCUUGCCACGGCCGAACGGCAGCCCAGCGAAUCGGAAAGCGAGGGGCGGCGCGCCUGCUCGGCCAGGCAGGAGCGCAGUCGCACCAGCGAGCGCAUUGCCCAGCUGGAGGAGCAGAUAGCCCAGAGGGACGAGCGUGUCCUGAGCGUGCAAUGCCAGCUGGUGGAUCUAGACAACAGAUACAAGCAGGAGCAGCUGCGCUGCAUGGACAUUUCACACCAAAUGGAGCACUUGCGGGCCGCCAACGAGGCCCUCACGGCCGACCUGCAGGCCAUUGGAACGCAGGAGGAUCAGCAGAUGAACGAACUCCAACGUCUGAUCGAUAUAAAGACCAAACAGAUUGAUCAGCUGGAGCUGGCCCAGAGCACAUUGACUGCAGAUGCGCAGAUAACGGACAUGGAACUGCAGGCAGCACAGCAGCAGCUCGUGGAAAUGGAGCAACAACACGCUGAGGCUGUGGACCAGGCCCAGGCCGAGAUGGCAGAACUGAGGCGGGAGGCAGCGGAAAAGCUCGAGGAAGUGCAUCGCCGGCACCAGGAGGCGCUCGAGCGAGACUGGGUGGCGCUGAGCCUUUACCAGGAGCAGGCCCAACAGCUGCUCGAGCUGCAGAGGUCCCUGGAGUACCACCAGGAGAACGAGAUGGAGCUGAAGCAGACUCUCGUGGAGAACGAGCUGGCUACGCGUUCGCUCAAAAAACAACUGGACGAAAGCACCCUGCAGGCAUCCAAGGCGGUCAUGGAACGGACCAAGGCCUACAACGACAAAUUGCAGCUGGAGAAGCGCACAGAGGAGCUCAGGCUGCAGUUGGAGCUCUUGAAAGGUGUGCAGCCGCAGCGCCAACUCGUUCAGCCAGCUCGUUCCAACAGCAGCGAUGUGUCGCAGUCGGGAUACACCUCGGAGGAGGUGGCUGUGCCCAUGGGACCACCAAAUGGCAACCAAUCCAGCGUACCGGCCAGCACGGCUGUGGUAGUGGGGCGCGUCAGCAGCUCCUCGCCGGAUCUCGGUAUAGAGAGCGAUGCCGGCCGAAUCUCCAGCGUUGAGUUGUGUACAGCUACACAGCGUGCCCUACUGAAGAAUGAGACGCCGUCAGGUGCUAAAGAUGAACCCGUUGAAAACGCAUUGAGUGUGUCCCAACAACAGCAGCAGCAACAGCCGUCUGCAACAAUUACACACGACUGUGCCAAGGUAGAACAAGAAAAUGCUGAAUUGAGGCGUAAACUAAUCCGCACCAAGCGCGCAUUCGAAGACACCUACGAAAAGUUGCGUCUGGCUAACAAAGCUAAAGCACAAGUCGAAAAAGACAUCAAGAAUCAAAUACUAAAAACUCACAAUGUUCUGCGAAACGUACGCUCAAAUAUGGAGAAUGAGUUCUAACAAUUGAUUUCACGUCGUCGUCGACGACGACUAUAUCAGCAUUAAUUAAUAGUCCCAUAUCAUUCAUUUGUUACUAGACGUUUGCCAUUUUCCUUGCCAUGAUCUGUUCAUUUAUUUCUUUGUAAACCUUUUAUUUUCCUCGUUCCUAACAAGGUAUUAAUUUGUAUUUUGUAUGUGCCUGUAUUUUUUUGUACCAUGAACGGAUCCGAACCGAAACAACGAAGCUAUUAAUAUAAAUACCUUUUUGCAUUUUCUAAAGACUGUAUAGGAAACUCAACACGGAAUCAAUGCACACAAUAAUAACAAUAACAUUGAUCAAGAAUAUUUACUCAAUGAAAGAAAUAUCACACCUGUUUUAGCACACCCCAAAACUAAAAAAAAAUGUCUAGACUGAAAAGUAUGUAACCAGAACCUGGCACACUCAUUCAUAUUGAAUGACAUGUAUAGAAUAUGUAUAUAUAUCCUUAUCUCUCCCCCCACUA